AUGGCCGCCGCAAUCCCCUCCCGCGAGCUCCUCCACCUCUUCCGCUCCUCCCUCCGCGGCACCUCCGCCCGCCCUCACCUCCGCCUGCAUCCCCGAACCUGCGCACGCGCAAUCGCAACACAUACGCACUCCCAGCAUGCAGAGGCUAUCUCCAUCCUUCCGACAGCCGUCGACACCAGCUCUGCGGAUUUCAAAGAGAACAAGCGGCAGAUGGACGAGCUCAUGGCCAAGAUGACGGAGCUACACACGCGGAUCGCGAAGGGCGGACAUGAGAAGGCGAGGGCGAAGCACGUAGCCCGAGGAAAGAUGUUGCCUAGGGACCGUGUCACAGCGCUCAUAGAUCCGGGGACGUCGUUUUUGGAGCUCUCUCAGCUGGCGGCGUAUGAGGUGUAUCCUGGCGAGGAUGUGCCGGCGGGCGGGAUAGUGACGGGGAUUGGGACGGUAGAGGGCGUGACGUGUAUGAUUGUCGCGAAUGAUAGCACGGUCAAGGGUGGGACGUAUUAUCCCAUUACAGUGAAAAAGCAUUUGAGGGCGCAGGCGAUUGCACAAGAGAACAGACUACCUUGCAUAUAUCUUGUUGAUUCGGGAGGAGCCAAUCUGCCUCAUCAGGCGGAUGUCUUUCCUGAUCGUGAUCAUUUUGGCCGUAUUUUCUUUAAUCAAGCUAGGAUGUCAUCCGCUGGAAUACCCCAAAUAUCCGUGGUAAUGGGACCAUGCACAGCCGGAGGCGCCUACGUCCCUAGCAUGUCCGAUGAAUCUAUCAUUGUCGCCGAACAGGGUCACAUUUUCCUUGCUGGACCUCCAUUAGUAAAAGCAGCCACCGGCGAGGUCGUCAGCGCAGAAGAUCUCGGCGGCGGCAAGCUUCACAGCGAAAUCUCAGGUGUGACCGAUUACCUGGCUGUCGACGACGCCCACGCCCUCGUUCUCGCCCGCCGGAGCAUCAGCAACCUCAAUUGGAUCCGAGGCCAAGCACCUCCUUCGUCCGCAGUCACCAAGACCUAUAAAGAACCCAUCCACGACCCCUCCGAGCUCUCCGGCAUCGUUGGCACCAACCUCCGCCGCCAAAUCCCCGCCCACGAAGUCAUCGCCCGCAUCGUCGACGGCAGUGUCUUCGCCGAAUUCAAGCCAAACUACGGUUCAACCCUCGUAACGGGCUUCGCGCAAAUCUACGGCCAUCGCGUCGGCAUAGUUGCCAACAAUGGCAUCCUCUUUUCCGAGAGCUCGCUCAAGGGUGCUCAUUUCAUCCAGCUCUGCGCUAAGCGACAGAUCCCGCUCGUGUUCCUGCAGAAUAUCUCGGGCUUCAUGGUCGGCGCGGAUGCGGAGAAGGGCGGCAUUGCGAAAAAUGGCGCCAAGUUAGUGACGGCGGUUAGCUGUGCGGAAGUGCCGAAAUUUACCGUUGUUUUUGGGGCUAGUGCAGGCGCGGGAAAUUAUGGCAUGUGUGGUCGCGCAUACUCUCCUCGCUUCCUGUGGACGUGGCCAAAUGCUCGUACCUCCGUCAUGGGGCCUGAGCAACUAUCCUCAGUCAUGGAAGCUGUAGGUAAAUCAGUGGAUCCAGAUCUGAAAGCAAGAAUCGAGCGCGAGAGCGAGGCGACGUUUGGCUCGGCAAGGCUCUGGGAUGACGGUGUCAUUCCACCAGAGCACACCCGGAGAGUCCUCGGAAUGGGAUUGCAAGCUGCAAUGGGCGGACAGGCGAAGGAGGUGGAGACUACCUUCGGCGUGUUCAGGAUGUAA